CGAGAUUUAUUAUUAUUUUUAUUUUUAUAUUUCAUUGUUCAUGAUGAAAAACUUGAAUUUUGCAUUAAUCCCACUGGGAAUAGAAGAAGAAUCCUCAAAAUUUAUCAAAGAAAGUGCUAGAUUUUUCUGUCCAAUCUUAUCACAUGUCUGGGAACACCAAUUGUCAAGUUUGCGAUUGCAUCAUACAUGGCAAACAAUGUUUAAAAAUUUCCUUCGUAAAAUAUCGACGUUUGAGGUCGUAAAAACAUAAAAAGCGACGAGUAUGAUCAUCCAAUUAUCCUGGAGAAUGGAGCAGUUCAGUUCAAGGUCAUGAAGAACAUCAGCGAUGUGAAGUCAAAGAAAUGGCUGCCCAAACCUACUUCAAAUUUUUCAAAUCUCCUGCAUUCAAAAAUUUCACGCGGUCUCUCAGCAGCGUAAUCGGGGAACCUAAAUUCAUAGGGAUAAACACAACAUUCACAGAUGCGUUGAAGUUUGUGAACAGUGAAAGCUAUGAACCGAUACCAGUUUACAGAGUUUUAUCAUCACCAAAUUGUCAAGUAUCGCAGGCCGAUGCUCAGAUUAACAAUGACUUGCUGUUGAGAAUGUACGAAUCGAUGGUGAGACUUCGAACAAUGGACAAAAUUCUCUACGAAUCCCAAAGACAAGGGCGCAUAUCGUUCUACAUGACCAGCACUGGAGAAGAAGCUCUGCAGAUCGGCUCAGCCGCUGGUUUGACACUGGAGGACACUAUUUAUGCCCAGUACAGAGAGGCUGGUGUUUUACUAUGGCGUGGAUACAAAUACUCUGAAUUUAUAAAUCAAUGUUACGGAAAUUACGAAGAUCCCGGAAAGGGUAAACAGAUGCCGGUGCAUUAUGGCUCAAAGAAGCUGAAUUACAUGACUAUUUCAUCGCCUCUUACUACUCAGCUACCCCAGGCUGUGGGGGCCGCGUACGCCAUUAAACGAGCGAAAAAAAACGCCUGUGUUGUCUGUUACUUCGGAGAAGGUGCAGCCAGCGAAGGUGAUGCUCAUGCAGCUUUCAAUUUCGCAGCGACUCUAGACUGCCCUAUCAUCUUCAUCUGUCGAAAUAAUGGAUAUGCCAUUUCCACACCUUCCCCAGAGCAGUGCAGAGGCGAUGGAAUAGCGGCCAGAGGCCCAGCUUACGGUAUAAAUACUAUUAGAGUCGAUGGUAAUGAUGUGUUUGCCAUGCAUCAUGUCACUCGAGUGGCUCGAGAUUUUUGUAUUAAAGAGACAAAGCCAGUGCUUAUCGAAGCUAUGAGCUACAGAGUCGGUCACCACAGCACAUCCGAUGACAGUUCAGCUUAUCGUGGAAAGGAUGAAAUCAACGAGUGGAGUAAAGAGUCACCAAUAGCUAAACUUCGUCAGUAUCUCCAGAAUCAUCAACUGUGGGAUGACGAGAGCGAUAAAAAACUCGAGGUAUCAGUCAGAAAAGAAUUUUUGAGGGAAUUCGAAGAGGCUGAGAAGAAACUUAAGCACAAUUGGAGGGAAUUGUUCUCUGAUGUUUAUCAGGACACACCAUAUCAUAUCAAGAGGCAAAUGGCUGCCAUGGAGCGUCAUCUGAAAGAGUACCACGAGCACUAUCCUUUGAAGGAAUUCCAAACCUCGUGAAUCAUCAUUCGUAUUUUUAUUUUUUUACAAGUAAAUCUAGGAAGUUAAUCAUUAGGUGAUCAUUCUGGAGAUGGUAACAUUUUAUACGUCCGGUUUCGUUAGAUUUUCCGCCAUUUCCUGAUAUUUUUGUAGCCUCAUUUCUUUUCUGGCUUCGUCCAACAGGACGUUGUGAAGGAGCUUCUUUUCGAAGGGAUUGGGCUGUUCUAGACCAGGAUAUGGAUUUCCUAUAACAAAAAUAAAGAAUAUUCUUUAAAAAAUGUGCCUAAAAACAUUUAUUACUUAAUUUAAUAUUCGAUAAUUUGAUUGGAACGUUGGAAAAUUGGAAAUAAUUAUGGGGAAUUAUUUAAUUGACUUCUUGACGAACCUCUCAACUCCAGAACUGCCCUUUUAUACCAACGCCCAGGAGAAUCCCUUUGUAUUUUGUGCAUUUUCGUGUACGAGCUGGUGUAAUCCUGAUAUCGUGGAGCGAGAACUUUGAAGAGCUUGUGGACCAGUUGUUUUUCAAGUAUAUAGAAA